AUGGCCAUCAGCGAGAAAGUGACCGCGGAGGAUACAGAGCUGGGAAGCUCUCGAGACUCGACCGAGGAGCACGAAGUCUUCAAGAAGACCGAAGAUGGAGUCAGUUUCCGCAAUGUCGGCUGGUUCAAAGCCUGCAUCAUCUUUGUGAAAGUUCUCUUCGCGACGGGAGUGUUAUCCCUACCCUCGUCUCUAUACUCUCUCGGCGCAGUGGGUGGCUCGAUCAGUAUCAUCGCUUGGGGUGCAUUCAACACCUACUCUUUUGUAAUUCUAGGUAAUUUCCGCAAGAAGCACCCCCACUGCCACUCCAUCGCCGACAUGGCGGAGGUCGCCGGCGGCUUCUUCGCGAAAGAACUCACAGGGCUACUAUUUCUGAUCGGCUAUGUUCUGGUCACGGGUAGUGGUAUCAUUGGCGUCUCAACGGCCUUGAAUGCCCUCUCCCACCACGCCGCAUGCACCGUCUGGUGGUCUUUCAUCGCUGCCGUGGUGAUCAUCGCAACGGCAUCCGUACGCAAGCUUCAGCAUGUGGGCUGGCUCACCUACGCAGGAUUCGUCUCGAUCUAUGCGGCCGUUUUGAUUGUGGUCAUUGGAGUCACGACGCGCGACCGACCUGCCGCUGCGCCUCAGGAGGGUCCGUACGAUCUUGGGUUCGUGGCCAUCAAUAACCCUGGAUUUGCGGCGGGUAUGGUCGCUUCCAGCACUAUAUUCGUGUCAUCGGCUGGUACCAGUGCCUUCAUACCGGUUAUGUCUGAGAUGCGAAACCCGAAGGACUACAAGAAGUCGCUCUACCUGUGCAUGGCUUUGGUUACUGCCUCGUAUCUUGCUUUCAGUCUGGUUGUUUACCGCUGGUGUGGCCAGUGGGUGGCCAGUCCAUCCUUGGGCAUUGCGGCCAAAUACGUUUUCGUUCGGAUUCUGGGCAAAACCCGCCAUCUUCAAGCCAACACAGUCGUUCACUGGGCUACUUGGAUGGGCUGCACGAUCAUGCUUGGCGCUAUAUCUUUCAUCCUCGCUGAAGCCAUUCCCAUCUUCAACUAUCUCAUUGCCCUGGUUGGUUCUGUCUGCUUUGCGCCUCUUGCCAUGUGUCUCCCUGGCUUUUUGUGGUUGCACAGCAAUGGGCACUACCGCAAAGGGACACUGGCCCAGAAGGUCAUUUACCUCUUGCACUGGGGCAUGGUGCUGCUUGGAGUUUUCUUCCUAGUUGGAGCUACAUACGGAGUCGUGAUUCAAAUCAUCGAUGCGUAUGCGACGGGGGCAAUUGGUAAGUUGAGUUGUCGUUCCGUGUCUCAUUUCAUGCUAAAUAUCCGAAUAGGCUCGGCAUUUAGCUGUAUCGAUAAUUCGAACUCGUCUUGA